CAACGAUUACAUUUCUUCAUGUUUGUUUUGGUUGGUCGAAGAGUGCUAGGAAAUUUAGUUAGGGAUUACGCUUAUUCAAGUUAUUUAUUCGAUUAAAUGUGAUUUUUCAAUCAAUAAUAUAACAAUAGUUGCUACAGUAUUUGUGUGUGCAUGUUUACCUACCUACGGAGCUGAAUGAUCUAAGCUUGUGAGCAAAAUAGUGAAAAAUAAGUUCAAUAAUUAAUGCAUUUAAAUUGGGCAAAAAUGUGCUCCUAAUCGGAAUUCCAAAGGACUAAUCGCUGUACUAUCGAGGAGAGUCUAACGCAUUGCUAAAGAGGACGAAGAAAGUGCGUAGUUUGGCACGUCUGAGCUCGUUAAAGAGAACUUUCAUUUGCAGCAGUCUGUGAAAAGUGUGUCGAUAUGGCAGACAAAAGUUCGAUUGGCGACAAAAGUCUUGAGAAUGAGGCUACCAGUCCGACCGGAAGCAUGUCUGGUUCCGGUGGUGGCAGCUGGUGGGGUUCCUGGUUGGACACCGCGAAAUCCAGGUCGGCCUCAGUGCUGGAAGCGGUUAAGAAUGAUCUUACCGAGCUGACAACGGUUGUUAAAACGGAAGCAACAAGCGCUACGGAGGCCCUCGGGAGGAGUCUCAGCUUGAACGAAGCGGAUUCUACGGUUGGCGCGAUGAAGAAGAGUUUUAGCUCAUUUCUAGGUCAGGUAACGGAAGCGUUGGUUCCAACGUUGGAUGAAGAAGAGGAAGGAGAGGAUGUCCUUAUUACGCACGAAGGAACGGAAGGGUUAAAUGGUUUCUACAAACAUCUAGCAGAACUGCAAUCUAUGGAAGGGACAUAUUUGGAGGAACCAUCCGAUGAGCUCAGCGAGAAAUACAAACGUUGGAUGGAAGUGGUCGAACAGGAACAGUUUACAGAACCUCGACUGGCGCGCCAUUUGACCAGCAGCACCAUUCUUAAUGAACAAUAUGCUGCGCUGGUGCCAGGCAAGGUUGCUCAUAUGGACUUCUGGAAAAGGUAUUUGUUUAAGAAAGCUCUAUUAGAGGAUGCCAUUGCAAACGCUGAGCUUGCAGAAAAGAAAGCAAAGGCAGCCAUUGUAUCAAACGAAACUGUUGCACCAAACAAAAUAAUUGUCCAAACAGAUCAGCCUAAGCGGACUAUUGAAGAAGAACUUGUACCGGACGACAUCACAUGGGCAGAAGUUCCCGAAUUCGACGCCUCCAAUAUAGAACUGUCAGAAGAGGAGCAAGCUCGGCUUCUCGAGGAAUACGAACAGGAAAUUAAGGAACGGGAAAAGGUCAUUGGCAGUGGCCGUAUGGAUCCCGUCGACGAGGCCCUGCUCAUUCAGUCGGACAUCGAACAAACUCCCCAAAAGAAGCCAGCCAGUACUACCAACUCAUCUGCAACGAAGAAAACCCAGCCGGAAUCACAAAGUGCUAACAGUAGAACCACUAACCAAAAAUCGCAACAGCAGAAAAGUGGAGCGGUAAAGCAAGUCGGAAAACCAAACGCCACUGGCAAUGGAAAGCAAAAAAAUGCUGGAAAACAGCAAAAGUCACAGAGUGAACUGAAAAUGGAGAAAAAUCAUUUUACAAAGGACGAUGUUUCUUCUUCGAAUUCGGAUGAAAGUUGGGAAAAGGAGUUUGAUCUGGAAUGAAAAAGUUUACUAUCUAUCAAAAAUUAUCUUCUAGUUGUUUAAGAUAUUCUUUCCUUGGUACGAAGUAAAGGCCUUCCUUUAUCCCAAGGGACCGUAUUGCGCAAUGAAUUUAACGUAUCAUUGUGAUGUUCGAUUGAAGGAAGACCAUUGGGUAGCAUUUGAUUAAGAGCCGAUUCUGCUACGCUAAUUUGGAGCAAAAUAACGAAACAGUUUUGUAAAUUUUAAGAACAAUGCGGCAUGUUUUAAAUCUAAUUUGAGCUGUUAAUUAUUAUUAGUAGAAACAAGUGUAAUAGAAUUAUUCGUCACUUUUAUUUUAUACAUCCUAUAAAUAUUCAUAUAUCUAUUUUACUCUGUCCCAUUCUAUAGUGAAAAAUAAUAAAAUUUUUGCGAUAACACAGGACAAACUGUUAAUUUGCUGCUGUCGCUGAUGCAGAUGAGUAUACUGCGAAUGUCGAUAGAAGGCUCCCUAAAGGUGGCUCUCCUGGAAAUAAUUUUGUCUGAGAUAUAAGUGUAGUUCAAGGAUAGCGUAAGAAUUUUUGGGACGAUAUGUCGAAAGAAGAUGGAAAAGAAAGCAACCGCUGUCAUUAUUGUACUAUGUAAGAGCAGCAUGAAUGAUUAUAAGGAAAUAUUUUACUACUAAUCAAGUGAA